AUGGAGAGACGUGUUGUUGGAUCCACCAAGAAGCGGCUGGUUCGUCCACGGUGCCUGGUCCAUAGCUUGGCAGAUAUAACCCUUCUGAGUCGAGACGGGAAGGAAUUCCCGUGUCACAAGUGCAUCCUCAUGGCCCGUUCCGAGUACUUUCGUGUUAUGUUCGACUCCACCUGGCUCGAACCAGUCCCCUUCCUCUUCCACAGUGAACGGUAUCGUCGCCUACAAUCUCUGGAACGAUGCAGCAAAGACGCCCUGGAAGGCCUGGCAGCAUGCUACCGAUCCAAGCUGCUAAGUGCCUCAAGCGGCAGCAGCACCGAUCCCGCGAAAGCCUCAGAUGACGCACGACCCACCUCAUCAGUUGAUGAAGCAUCAGGGAAGGCUACGUCAGAUGGGAAGGAGUUAUAUGAAGAAAGCAAGGACGGAAUCAGAGAAGACAAAUAUGCAUCAGAACUUUUGUUUGAGGAAGGGGUGAUUUGGGAAGAAGGGGCCACGCCACUCUCAGAGCGUGCUGAAGCCGGUGGGUAUGGUGAGAGGGACAGCCCCUGGCCCAUUCAACAGCUGGAUGCUUCCUCCAUCCCCUGUGGGAUGCCGGAGAUCGUGGAAGAAUCCAGUUCAGAGAGCGACUUCGGCCCUUACUAUCACGGCUCCGAUUACAUGGGGUAUUUCGUGAGCCAGACGAUCUUUUUGAUUUCUGGUGAAAACCGCAUGGAAGCUCAUCUCCAUAAUUGUUAGACAGGGACCUUCACGGUCUAGUCAGAACCUACAAGGGAAGAAGAGUAGAUCUUCGAAGA